GCGUAACGACAUUAAACCGAAUGGGUGGAUGUUAUUUCCGUGCCUCAUGCGCUGCUGCGUUCUCAGCCGGGUGUUUAUCUGAGCACCAUCAUCACCACCACUACUACUACUCCUCAUCCUCCUCCCCCUGUCCGUUUCCUCAGAUGCUCAUGAUCCCGAGCUGACCGGUUGCGAUGUCGCAGCUCUACUACGGCAGAGGCGGCGGGAACGGUGGCGGUAGAGGAGGAGGAGGAGGAGGAGGGAACGCGUUCCCUUCGCUCCGCGACCGCAUCCGUUUGCGCGUGGUGCGCGCCGAGCCGGAGCUGUCGGCGCAGGAGAAGGCGUACCUGAGCGCCGUGGAGAAGGGCGACUACGGCAGCGUGAAGCGCGCCCUGCAGGAGGCCGAGAUCUACUUCAAGAUCAACGUGAACUGCGUGGACCCGCUGGGACGCACCGCGCUGCUCAUCGCCAUCGAGAACGAGAACCUGGAGAUGGUGGAGCUCCUGCUGGCGCACGACGUGCAUGUCGGGGACGCGCUCCUCCACGCCAUCCGCAAGGAGGUAGUUGGGGCUGUGGAGCUGCUGCUCAACCACAAAAAGCCCAGUGGAGAGAAACAGGUUCCUCCUAUCCUGCUGGACAAACAGUUCUCCGAAUUCACCCCUGACAUUACGCCCAUCAUCCUCGCUGCCCACACAAACAAUUAUGAGAUUAUUAAGAUGCUGGUGCAGAAAGGUGUGUCAGUGCCUCAGCCCCAUGAGGUGCGCUGCAACUGUUCUGAGUGCGUAUCCAGCUCAGAUGUGGACAGUCUCCGCCACUCACGCUCACGCCUUAACAUCUACAAGGCCCUGGCAAGCCCGUCACUCAUCGCACUGUCUAGCGAGGACCCAUUCCUGACUGCCUUCCAGCUCAGCUGGGAACUCCAAGAGCUCAGUAAGGUGGAGAACGAGUUCAAGGCUGAGUAUGAAGAGCUGUCUCAUCAGUGUAAGUGCUUUGCAAAGGAUCUGCUGGACCAGACACGUUCCUCACGCGAAUUGGAGCUUAUCCUCAACUUUCGUGAUGACCUGAACCUCCUGGAUGAAGAAAGCAACAACGAACUGGCUCGGCUUAAACUGGCCAUCAAAUACCGACAGAAGGAGUUUGUGGCCCAGCCGAACUGUCAGCAGCUCCUGGCUUCACGCUGGUAUGAUGAGUUCCCAGGCUGGAGGAGGCGCCACUGGGCUGGAAAGUUCAUCACAUGCAUCUUCAUCGGCCUCCUUUUCCCCCUCCUCUCCAUCUGCUACCUGGUGGCACCUAAAAGCCGCAUUGGCCUCUUCAUCCGCAAACCCUUCAUCAAGUUCAUCUGCCAUACGGCAUCCUACCUGAGCUUCCUCUUCCUCCUCCUGCUGGCCUCACAGCACAUCGUUCCCCCAGACCCCACGCGCCAAGGCCCCAAGCCCACCACUGUGGAGUGGAUGAUCCUGCCGUGGGUUCUAGGUUUCAUAUGGACGGAGAUCAAGCAGAUGUGGGACGGUGGGUUACAGGAUUACAUCCACGACUGGUGGAACCUUAUGGAUUUUGUUAUGAACUCUCUCUACUUGGCAACCAUUUCACUGAAGAUAGUCGCAUACAUCAAGUACAAUGAAAAAAUGAAACCCAGGGAAUGCUGGGAAAUGUGGCAUCCAACGCUAGUGGCCGAGGCUGUGUUCGCCAUCGCUAACAUCUUCAGCUCUCUGCGCCUCAUCUCUCUCUUCACCGCCAAUUCUCACCUAGGCCCUCUGCAGAUCUCCCUGGGCCGAAUGCUGUUAGACAUCCUCAAGUUCCUUUUCAUCUACUGCCUGGUGCUGGUGGCCUUCGCCAACGGCCUCAACCAGCUCUACUUCUACUACAACACCGAUGGCAUUGAAAAAUGCAAGGGCAUCCGCUGUGAAAAGCAGAACAACGCUUUCUCAACGUUAUUUGAAACAUUGCAGUCUUUGUUCUGGUCCAUAUUCGGCCUGAUCAAUCUGUACGUGACCAACGUUCAAGCCGACCACAAGUUCACGGAGUUUGUAGGAGCCACAAUGUUUGGCACGUAUAACAUCAUCUCUCUUGUGGUGCUCCUCAAUAUGCUCAUCGCCAUGAUGAACAACUCGUAUCAGCACAUUGCAGAUCAUGCUGACAUUGAGUGGAAAUUUGCCAGGACUAAGUUGUGGAUGAGUUAUUUUGAAGAAGGAGGUACACUGCCACCACCGUUCAACAUCAUCCCCAGCCCCAAAUCUGUGUGGUACCUCAUUAACUGGAUUAAUAUUCACAUUUUCAGAAGAAGGUUGAGGAACACAGAGACCUUUGGAGCACUCGGGAGAAGAGCUGCUGAAAAAGUAAGACUCAGUCACCAAUACCAGGAGGUUCUGAGAAACCUGGUGAAAAGAUACGUAGCAGCGAUGAUCAGAGAUGCCAAGAAAGAAGAAGGACUCACAGAAGAAAAUUUCAAGGAGCUGAAGCAGGACAUUUCCAGUUUCCGCUACGAGGUGCUGGGAAUGCUGAAGAGCAGUCGGACAUCUAUGCAUAGGCCCAAAAUGGUAUCAGGGAUGUCAGCUUCUUCACAUGCAGGCUGUUUGCACCAGUUGAAGAUCAAGUCAAGUACAUGUGAGGUGAGAUCAGAGCUGGAGCCUCGGAGCAGCCUCCUCAACGGCUCGAUCAUGUCCUUGCCCGAACCCUCUGCCAAAGAGAAGCACAGGAAUGACCUUUCCAAUGACUUUGGUGUGUUCCAAAGCUCUAAGCAAGAAACAAAUCACUGUUCCAACACAAAUAUCUAUGCGGUGUUUGAAGAGGACCAGGAAUCAGAAAUUGAUCGAUUUGAUUGUGCGAAGGAGGACGAAUGUGAGCGUUCACUGGCUCAGAGACAUAUAGACAUUGGGAAUGAGUCUCAGUCUGAGGAGGGAGUGGAAAGAGAGCCAGCUCCAUCUGAGACCACAGAUCAGAUCUGCUCUCUUUCACCAACAGACACAUAACGUGAAAACAAGUUGCAUGAUGAGCGAGAUCACCUUUUAAGGUCAGAGUCAGGCUGCUACUCAUGCUCAUGUGCCGAGGCGAGGUACAGUUGGAGCUGGCACACGUCUGAGAAUGGACGUCCUUCUAAUCUAAAGUCUCAGGGAAAGACCAAAGCCUGUGGCAUUUUUUCAAAUGUCCUUCAUGAAUGAAAAAUGAAUAUUCAGCACAUUCAAAUUCAGGGCCAAAACGAUGGAACAUGCUCAGUCAAAUACAACAAAAGCAGACGGUUCAAUCCAGGAACAAUACAUUUACUUUUCAUUCAGUUUCACUGUUCAUCCUUUCUUGUUUAGGGUGUGUAAAAAAGGACUUUUUUUCUUAUCAUUAGUCGCUUUUCAUCUUCUGAGCAUUGAAUAGUUAACUGGGUGAACAGUGUCAAAAAUUCAGCUGAAGAAGUUUUUCAUGCACUAACACUGAAUUGUUUUUAACCAUCUCUCAUGUAACGUCAUGCAGUUUAGCAUCAUCAAGCUUACGUCACCUAGCAAUGGCUCAACAUGGCCUCUUGUUCCCUACCUGAUGGCUUCUUGCCACUAUAACCUCGAUACAAUAUAUAAACCAUUUACACUUGACAAACACAAUGCCCAGUUAGAGCUAUAUUCAGAGUUGACUUCUUUCAAAGAGUCAUGCCAAGGGGGUUGCCAGAUUUUUCUUGUGCCAAGCUUUCAAGACUUUUUUUUAUUAUUAUUCUGUUGUGUCUAGACCACUCCUUUUAAAGAAACAGUGAGUGCGUUUACAUGCACAUAGAGAAAAUCGAAUUUCUGCCGUAGCUCGACUGAAAUCGAAGUUCUAAAUGCCAUGGAAACACCUUAGCUUGGCUGAAAUCGAAACGAACUGGAUUUCUCGUAAUCGAGCUACGCGACCUAGAUUAUGCGAUUGUAGCCGAGCUACUUAGUGCAUGUAACCCUAUCGAGCUACGUAGUCGAGCUACUUACUUCCCUUCCGGAAGUGACGAGUGACGAGACCACAAGCGGGAAACACAACAGCCUCGGUCGGCAUGACAACAGUAGUAGUAGCAAGCAGCAGAAGAGGUCAGGAGGAACAAGGAGACAAAAAACAAAAACAAUUGAACUUUGUGUGUUUAUUAAGACAUAAGUUAAAUCGUAAGCAAAAAAUGGACUUUAGAAAAAUAUACGGUACAAUUGUGCAAAAUAAGUUGUCUUACAAAACAGUGGUCUGCGCAGGACAGUUUGUAGCCAACAGGUGGCAAUGACAUGUGGUGUGAAUGUAAAGUGGAACUCGCUCCUCUUCUUCAUGACGACAACCGGAAGUGUACCAACACGAUGGGGCGUGUAGCGCCACCUGUGGCUCGGGUGCACAAUGUACCUCACACAAUAGCUCGAUUUCCUUGUGUGCAUGUAGGAUUGGAUUUCUCUGGCACCCCUGCUGGGACCCUUAGCUCGAUUACCGACAGUAGCUCGAUUUGGAUGUGCAUGUAAAUGCACUGACUGAGCUUUAUCAGCAAACUGAUAAAGCAGAUAGCAUUCCACACGUUUUGAAAUGUGAUGCAGUGGAAAACAAAGCGACAGCUCAGACAGAUAUAAUGAACCACACUUGAGAAGAAGGAAAGGUAAAAAUAAAGGUGAUGUGUAAAUGUGAUCGUUUCCCAAGAUUACAGUAUGUACUGUAUACAGAUUGAUGGUUUUUACUGCUGCGUUUGUUACUUCGACAACAUGAUCUUUGUAG